AAUUGUUUUCAAGGUGAAACUAUUCCCGGCCAUCAGUUCUUUACGUUUCCUUCGCUUAACUCAAUCCCGUCGUCCAUGGAUGGUACGAUGCGGGUGUACAACGCGACCCUCUGGAUUCGGUUGGAGCUAAAGUUGAAACCGAAAAGUAAAGCAAACAAGGGUGCUGGUGGUAUGUCCGGGACGGAUAACCAUUGGAGCAUUCACGGCGGCAAUAAGGUAUUGGUGCUGUGGGUUUUUCGCAUCAUCAACGCAUCAAAACCGGCGGAAACGAUGAGUAAGGAGGAGGAGUUCUCCAAGCACACGGAAAUGAUCGCCAAGCACACUAUCCCCCACGAGUCCGGACUCGGUUGGCAGCAGAUCGAUCUGACCAACGCCGUACGUCAGUGGCACGGCGAGAAGCGCAACGAUAGUCUCAAGCUGUUCGUCGAUUGUUCUGGCUGCGGGAACAAAAUUCGCGUGCACAUCUUCGAACACGCCGCCAACCAUCACCAUCUGCAUCAUUUCGCACGCAUCGGUCUGUACAGUAGCCGAAAGCAGAAACCACUGGUCAUGAUGGACGGUGCACCACGGUCGAUGGUAAAGGCAAAGCAUCCAAAAAGCCAGGAACGCAAGGUUGCGUACGGUGAUGGUAUGGACGAUGACUACAACCGGCCUCAUCUGUUCGUCAGUUUGGCGACGACACAGGUACGGCGGCUGCGGCGCCGUGCACUGGACUGUACUGGGGCACCGAACGAGCAGUGCUGCAAGCAGAAGUUUUACGUCGAUUUUAAGGCGCUGAAGUGGGACGAUUGGAUCAUUAGACCGCACGGAUACUAUGCGAACUACUGCAAGGGUAGUUGCCAUCUGGCGGACAAGUUUAGUUCCGAAUAUCACUACGUGAUCGAUCAGUACCGUCGGCAGGGUAAUGCGGGUGGACGAGGGUUGAGCAAGAUGCAUCACAAAUCGGGUGGGGCCGGUGCAGGUGGGUCUGGUAGUGGGGCCGGGUUGGCCGGCAUACAUCAGUGCUGUGCGCCGGUCAAGUAUUCGCCAAUGUCGCUUAUAUUUUACGGCCCGGAUGGGCGCAUCAUUAAGCAGGAUUUGGCAAAAAUGAUCGUGGAGGAGUGUGGCUGUCCGUAG